AUGGGUAAUACAAUAAAUAGAACUAAACUUAAAUCAUUUGAACUUCCUGAACGAUUGACAGAUGAUCAAAUUCUGAAAAUUCAGUCUUUAACUGGUUGUUCAAAACGUAAAAUCGAACAUUAUUUUAAACUAUAUAAAUUAAAUCAUCCAUCGGGAAUAAUAACAAAAAAACAAUUUAUCCAAGCAUUUAAUCAAUUAUGUCCAUGUAUUUGUGAAGAUCCUAGAAAUAGUCGUGAUGCAUUCAAACGAAUUGAUUUCAAACAUAAUGGUAAAAUUGAUUUUGAAGAAUAUAUAAUUGGUAUGGAAUCAAAGUCAAAAACUUUACGAUCGAUGACCGUAAUUGAUUGUGGUGAAGACGACAAUUUUAAUGAAAUCAAGAAUGAACAUAAAAAUGAAUAA